CAUGCUCUGCGAGUCUGCAGAGCUCUGCGUUUUAGCUCCUCUUCUUCUUCUUCUUCCUCUGCAAUUCGUUGGCUUUUCUGGUUUUUCGCGUUGGUUGAGCUUUUCAUGCUGCUUUGUUGGCGUGCCUUCUUUUCCUUCUUCGUCUUCAAACGACCUCGUUUCGUCCCCUUCUUUCCCUCUUAUUUUCCUUCUCGGAGACUUGAAUAAAAUGGCGGUGAAAUUCAUUCCUUUUGUCUGAUCAAUAUAGAAAAUUUUAAACCGAGAUUUUUGGUUGGCGAAAUUUUGAUCAUUUUUUUGGGGGAGGACGACGGCGGCGAUGAUGAAUUCGACUCGGACCGAAAUGCAGGAGCCGAGCAUUGACACGGAUAAGCUGAGCUACGAGAUAUUCUCGAUAUUGGAGAGCAAGUUCCUGUUUGGCUACGACGAUCAGAAGCUCUGGGUUCCCAAACAGGUCUCUCCGUCCCCCACGCCGGUCCCCGACUCCAAACCCGACCCCGCCCAGCUGGUGGGCGUUCAGCCCCAAUCUGAAAAUGGCGUCGCGGCGAUCAAAAACCAGAGGGGUAAAAUCUGCAUUCUCAGCAUCGACGGCGGCGGAGGAAUGAGAGGGAUUCUCUCCGGAAAGGCAUUGGCGUAUCUUGAGCAAGCGUUGAAGCAGAAAUCGGGGAAUCCGGACGCCAGAAUCGCCGAUUACUUCGACGUCGCCACUGGAGCUGGCGUCGGAGGUAUAUUCGCCGCCAUGCUCUUCGCCACUAGAGACCACGCCCGCCCGAUUUUCAAGGCCGAUGACACGUGGUGCUUCCUCUCCGAUCACGGGAAGAGCUUGUUCAACAAUAAUCGCUCCUCCACCUCCGCCUCCUCCCCCGGUUUUCUGCGUCGCCUCAUUCGAGGUUCUGGUUCGGGCUCGGGUUCAACGGGGUCAGCCACGGCCGGUUUGGAAAAAGUGAUGAAAGAGGCGUUCGUCGACGACGACAGGACCUUGACGUUGAAAGACACGCUCAAGCCGGUUCUAAUUCCGUGCUACGACCUCUCCAGUACGGCGCCGUUUCUCUUCUCCAGGGCCGACGCGCUUGAGACCGACAGCUACGACUUCCACCUUUGGGAGGUCUGCCGCGCCACGUCAGCCGAGCCGGGAGUCUUCGAACCGGUCCAAAUGCAGUCCGUCAACAAGCAUACCAAGUGCCUGGCCGUGGACGGCGGCUUGGCCAUGAGCAACCCGACCGCGGCGGCGAUCACGCACGUCCUGCACAACAAGCAGGAGUUCCCGUUCGUGCGAGGGGUCGAGGACAUAAUGGUCCUUUCCAUAGGAAGCGGCCAGUUUCUGGAAGAAGCGAGGUACGAGUACGAGCAAGUGAAGAAGUGGCGAGCCAAGGAAUGGGCCCGGCCCAUGGCCCGAAUCGCCGGCGACGGGUCAUCCGACCUGGUAGACCAGUCCGUCGCCAUGGCGUUUGUUCAGUCCGGGAGCAGCAACUACGUGCGCAUUCAGGCAAAUGGGACAAGCUUAGGACGUUGCGGGCCAAAUGUAGAUACAGACCCGAGUCCUAACAACGUUAAGAAGCUGGUAGGAGUGGCAGAGGAAAUGCUGAAACAGAAGAAUGUUGAAUCGGUGCUCUUUGGCGGUAAGAGGAUCGGCGAGCAGAGCAAUUUCGAGAAGCUCGAUUGGUUUGCCGGAGAACUGGUGCUCGAGCAUCAGAGGAGGAGUUGCAGAAUAGCUCCCACUGUUGCCUUCAAGCAAGCUGCUCCCAAAACAAGUUAGAACUCAAGGGAGAAUGGAGAGACAUCAUCAAAAGGAGGAG